AUGUCUUUUAAAAUGCAACCACUACAGACUGCAGGGGACAUUGGAGGUAUUGCUGCUUCCCUCGUCCGUGUCCCUACAGAGGGUUAUGGUUCCUUUCUACUUCGAGAUCUUCCAUUUGAUGCCAUUCAAUUCUGCAUUUAUGAGCAACUUCGAAUUGGCUACAAAGUUGUGGGACAAGGGAACCAAUACACUGGAAUUGUAAGCUGUGCUCAGACAAUCCUCAGAGAAGAAGGCCCUAAGGCAUUCUUGAAGGGCAUUGAGCCGCGAGUGCUGUGGAUUGGCAUCGGUGGGUCCAUCUUUGGUGUGCUGGAGAAAACCAAGUCGAUGCUAGCGGAGAAGAGGAACCGCGAGCUACGGGCCGUCAAGGACGAAUGA